CGUGGCUUGCGCGGAUCAGCUGACAGUGGUUGUUGUGGUGUUUGCUGGGCGCCGCCAGAGAGCAAGCGAAGCCUGAAGGAGGAGGAGCCGGAGUCUCAGGAAGGAAGGAUGCCUUCGGAGAAGAGCUUCAAGCAGCGACGCACCUUCGAACAAAGAGUAGAAGAUGUCAGACUUAUCCGAGAGCAGCAUCCAACAAAGAUACCAGUAAUUAUUGAAAGGUAUAAAGGAGAGAAGCAGCUUCCUGUCCUGGAUAAAACUAAGUUUCUGGUCCCAGAUCAUGUCAACAUGAGUGAACUGAUCAAGAUUAUCAGGCGCCGCCUGCAGCUGAAUUCUAACCAAGCUUUCUUCUUGCUGGUGAAUGGACACAGCAUGGUGAGCGUUUCAACACCCAUUUCAGAGGUGUAUGAAAGCGAGAAGGACGAGGACGGGUUCCUGUACAUGGUGUACGCCUCGCAGGAAACGUUCGGCAUGAAAUCCUCAGUGUAAAAGCAACCAUACCCCUGCGGCUUGUAGCCUAGGAUAGUUUUUGCCCCUCCCUCCAACAGGAAAAAGAAAGGGAUGCCACCAACCUGCUCACAGUAGAUGUGCUUAGCGGGUGUCCUCCUCAUCGUACAUUUGUUUUGUUUGUGGAUAUUGGACAGAUGAGUGCCAGUAUGGACUAGUAGCCCAGCUUCCUAGAACCUGCUAUAAAUUCACACAGCCACAUUUUAUGUUUUGCUUUUUAAAAGCCUCUGGAAUUUGUGCGAAACCCAUUAACGCAUGUCUUAACUGGCCAAUAAAAGGGACGUUGGAGUUAUUCUAACCAUAGGGACUGGGCUGAACGUUAAGUCUAUAUGAAACAAAACCCCACCGUUCUGCGUGACAUCUCAUUGUGUUAAGUUCUGUUUCAGCUCCUAAAAGCCGUGUUUGCAGAAGGGGGACAAACAGCAAUGAAAGAUCUGGCUGCUUUUAACUCCCGUUUCGGUAAACUAGUGCAUUGGGGAUGGGGGAAGGUUAAUUUGCUGGUACUGCUACUUUAGAAGAUUUAAAACAAAUCAGGUUGCUUAUUAUUAAUAUAUAUCAAAAUACCAUAGCUUUACUCAUUUUAGGAAGUGUGUACAUAAGUUAUCUAAGGAAACCUUCAGCCUAACAAUUGUGUUGCAUUCUGUUAUACACCUCCUUAAGACACGCUUUGUAAAAUCACAUCCCCAUCUUGGAGCAAAAAGGCCUAAUUUUUAUCCUACUGUUGGGACUGGAGACUAUGGUUAAAGAAAAUGGAUUUUGGGGAUGACAAUGGAAGUUUUAUUUUUAAAGUAUUAAUCCUUCUACCUGCCGUUGUUGACUUUUGUUUGAAUAGAUGGAACAACUUUUUUGCGUUAUGUCUGUACUAAAAGAACCGGUUUCCAUUCAGUGUAAAUUCCCAAUCUUAUUUAUUUUGUUUUAAAACUGGGCAAGGCCUGGUUUCAAAGAGCAGGCGCCGGUUCCAUCACCAAGGUUUCCUGUCAGUUGCAUGGGGGCUAAAUCUUCAUUUUACUAGAGACAGGAUGGGUCCUAUGCAAAAGUAAUACUUUAUAGUCCAAUGUCCUGCUUUCCCGUUGAAAUAUAGCAAACCUAUUACCCUUGUAUGUUAAUGUGUGUGAGUUUAAUUGCAUUAUAGCAAGCUAACUUCCACUUACGGGAGCAAAGAGCAGUGCUGAGUUUUGGCACACAGUAGGAUGUCACUGUGAUAGGCAGUUUGUGUACCUUUGCAUGCAUCUGUUCUGUGCUUGCUUCUGCCUUUUCAGGACCUUCACUGUAAGAGUUUAAUUUUAUGGUAAAACUCGGACUAUGUUUUAAGUCUUCUGUUAAGUGUAGGAUUUUCAUGAGACAGCCAUCCUUUUAAUUGAUCAAUGACUGCUGCUUGUACAAAUGUUGCUUUAUAAAAAAAAAUGCCAAUAUGGAUAUCUCCAA